AGGAUAGCAUCGUGAGCUAACGGUGUCUGUUUAUCGUUAGCUUUCGUUAAAUCUAAAUUCUGUCAAAAACAUACAUUUAGCACAAUUGACAAACACCUAAAAUCCUCCACAGACAUGUCUAAUGUCGACUGACAUGGCAGUACUAGCGCCUGGCCUCUUCUGAAGGCGCAGUGCGUCUGUUUUGGUUGGCCUAGCAGUUGGUUACGGAACCACUGCUAACAAGCUAGCCAGGUUGCUAACAUCCGUUAAAUUGCUUCAGUAAAACCAGGAAGGAGGGACCAGUCGAGCAGCUCGGCCUCAAAGGUUACUCAACUUCUGCAGCAUUUAUUCAUCAAAACGAGUUUGUACAGACUUGUUUGCACCGGGAAAAGUAAAGGCAUAUCUAAGCGGUCCUGAGUGCAAAGAUGUCCAAGGCUCCGGACUCUCCAGCUCGGUCCCGCUCCAGAUCCAGGUCAAGAUCCAGAUCUUACUCCAGAUCUCACUCUCGAAGCCGCUCACGCUCCAGAUCCAGAAAACGUCGCUAUAGUUCCAGGUCUCGGUCCCGCUCUCGCUCUCACUCUCCGUCCUCCAGAAACUAUCCCAGCAGGGACUAUCAGAACAACAGAGGGGGCUUCAGAGGCUACAACCGAGGCUACCGGAGGCCCUUCCACUACCGCGGCAGAAACCGAGGCUAUUACCAGCGCGGCCAUUACCAGAACAGGGGAGGAGGAGGAGGAGGAGGCGGCGGAGGAGGAGGAGGAGGCGGCGGCGGCGGUGGCGGCUACGGAUACAAGGCCAACUGGCAGGGUGGUGGAGGCGGUGAUGGUGGGCGUGGCGGUGGAGGCGGAGGCUGGCAUGAUCGCCACCAUGACCAGGACCACCACUCCCACAGUCCAAGGAGGGGGCGCUCACGCUCCCGCACACCCAAAAAGCGCUCAGGUAGCCGGAGCCGCUCCCACUACUCUGACCGCUCGUCUUCCAAGGGAUCCCGGCGCUCCAGGCACUCCAGCUACUCCUCGCACUCACGGUCCUCGUCGCCACAUCAUCGCAGCAGCAAGAGCAAGCACGGCUCCAAGGAAACCAAGGACAAGUCAGAAAGUCACCCAGAGAAAUCCGGCCAGGCAGCAGACGGCAGCGCCAUCGAGAAGGUGUCCGGAGGGAAAUGGAUCGACGACGACACCAGCCCUAAACGAAGGAGCCCAGAGACUAAAAAUGAAGACGCCCCCAGCAGCUCCGAGGGAAAAGGGCCUAUGUGGAAAACCGUUGGUAGCGUGACCCCUCCAGCAAAGAGCCCCACAAAGUCCGGACAAACGGCCUCCUUCAGCGGCUUUGGGUUCUUCUCAAAGGAAGAAACCAAAUCUGAAGAUAAGACGGUGAUCUCUGCUGCCUUCAAAAAGUUCUUGGCUGAGAAUAAAAACAAAAAGCAGGCUGCAGAGAAGGAGAACGGUCGUGAUAAAGAGCAGAGCAACACAGACAGAGAACUAGAGAAAGGAAGCAAGUCCGGAGAUCCCUUCAACAUCUCGUCCGGUUCUUUCAGCGACUCAAAGGAAGACAAGACCCUGCCCUUCUUUGACGCCGGAGAAGAGGAGUUCCUCAAGUCCCACGGCCUGAAAGAGAGGGACAUUGAGGAUGACGGGGACGUCAAACCCACCCUCACAGCUCGGGACAUUUUCGGCAAAUGGGGGGACGAGCCAAGCUACUCAACGUCCUACCCGUCAGCUAAAGAGAAGAGCCGGAGAGAUGCUGAAGAGGCAGAGCCCGCGGAUCACAUGGAGGAGGAGAUCUACAGGAGCCGCAAACACAGCUCCAAGAAAGAGGAGAAGGCCAAGAAGAAGGAGAAGAAAGAGAAGGAGAAGUCCAGGAGGAGUCCGUCCCCUCCCGCAGCGUCCAGAGAGAAGGAGCGCCCGCUGUUCCCCGGAGCCUUCCCUCUUCGCGAGGACUCGCCUGUGCGUCACAUGUCUGCGUCAAGGGACGACUUUGAACACAAAAUUGGUUCCAUUGAUGAAAUGCCCAGCUCUUCCAUGUCUAAAGAUCGUGUCAUGCCCAGAGAGCUGAACCCCACUAAAAAAGACGCAGAGUUUCGUUCCAUUUUCCAGCACGUUCAGUCAGCGCAGCUCCGCCGGAGCCCCUCUGAGCUGUUCGCUCAGCACAUAGUCUCAAUCGUGCAUUACAUCAAAGCUCAACACUUCCAAUCCUCAGACAUGUCUUUAAGUGAGCGCUUUGCCAUGUACCAAAGAAAAGCUGCAGAGGUAGAAAUGAUGAAGCCAAGGAAGAGCCCAGAAAUCCACAGGAGAAUCGAUGUUUCCCCCAGUGCCUUUAAGAGGCACUCUCACCUGUUUGAGGAGAUGGAGGAGACGAGCUACAAGGAUCCAAGUAAAAAGUUCAAAGGCGACGUGAUGGACCUCCGUCUGGAUAUUGAAAGACGUAAGAGGUCUGCGGGAAAGGAUUACAAGCGUGAAGGAGGCCGGAGCUCAGGAGGCUCCCGGGGGCCGAGCAGAGAGAGGUCCUCUGAGAAAUCUGGGAAACACCACAAGAAAUCCAAGAAGGGUAAGAAGAAGCGGGACCGCUCUCCAUCCUCCUCUUCCUCCUCCUCCUCUGCCUCCCCUUAUCCUCCAGCUUUCAGGGGGAAAGAGUUCAUGGGAGGGGAGGGGAUGGAGCACUCAGAGGAGGGCUACGCUCACAACCGGUAUCCUCCACGGGACUACGGCGGGGGCGGAGACCGGGGGGGCCACGACCGGGGGGGCCAUGACCGGGGGGGCCACGACCGGGGGGGCCACGACCGGGGGGGCCACUUUGAGGGCCACAACGCAGAGCGGGGCAGAGGCCGAGGAUUCUUCCCCAGAGUGAGAGGGAGAGGGUGGAACAGGGGAAAUUAUCCAGGCAACAACAGCAAUGGAAACCCCGCCCCUCUGAACCCUGCAGUGCGCCCUCCAGAGGAGGAGUGGGACCCUGAAUACACUCCCAAGAGCAGGAAGUAUUACCUGCACGACGACCGUGAUGGCGAGAAGACCUGGGUGGACUCCCGUGGGAGGGGCCGGGGGGCCUUCCCCACACGCCGGGGACGCUUCGUCUACCGUAAGGGGGGCAGCAGCCCGAAGUGGACACACGACAUGUACCAGGGCGGGGGCGGGGGCGGGGGCGGGGGGGAGGGGGAAGGGGCGGAGCUAGCCGACGACGGCAUGGAAUGCCAGCCGGUCAUCCGCAAAGAAACCAAGAACGCCGGAGAAGCCCCCCCCCCCGAAGCAGUAGAACCACUCGACCCCCCCCACAUCAUCACAUUUGAUGGUUAUAAAUGUGUUCAGUAAGUUGAGCCUUCUAACAGUUAAAGUGAAGAAUCUUUGGAAUGAAGAGCACCUUCAUUUCAGAGCGUUUUGUUUUUUAAAUGUCAAGUGAGUUUUUGUUCUGCAGCUGGUUUCAUUGUAUCUUUUUAAGGGAGAAAAUACUGAGGCAAAAAAAUAUUCUCUGAAAACAUGACAAAGUAAAAAAUGUGUGCCUUAGAAAAUAAAUAUUAUUACUUGUGUAAUCCAGCUAUAAGAGGUAGCUGUCCAUCAGUGUAGGAAGGUUAUAGAUGAUUUCCAUGUUUAUGUUGUUGGGGCUGUGAUAAAUCUUCGAUGUUACUGCAUGAUUCAUACCGCGCUCCUCGGGACCAAUCAGAAGUGGGCUCACCGCCGUCACGUUUCAGACAGGAAAGGUCAAAUAUCUUUAAUGAACGGUUGAUGUUUGUCACUUAUACUCUCCAAGCAUUUUCAUAUAGUGCCACUUUACCUGUAUUUCUCAUUAGGAAGUGAAGACAUUUGUAUGUGCGUGUGGUUCAGUAUAUUCUCAUUCAUUCUGGGUGUUUUCAGUUUUAAAAAAAAAACAAAUUGUAAAGAAUUUGGCAUCAACAUCUUCUGAUUUUGCUUUAGACAGAUAAAUAUAAAGGUUUCAAACUGUCAAGUUAAUUUAGUAAGUGGCUACCUUUUAGUUUAGAUGAAUAAGUACAAAUGUCAUAGUUUUACAAAAUGCUGUAUAGAAUUAUUCUAUUCUAUUAUUAGACCUACAUUAUUGUAACCCUAAGGGAGCUAAAAUAUAAACAGGAAAUGGUUCUUUUAAAAAAACAAAACGACCUUAAAUCCUCCCACAAAACGAAAAAGAGCAGUUUGAGCUGAUAAAGGAAAGAGAGACCCUAAAAAGAUUGUGUCGAAGGUGUUGAUGGAAGUGUAUAUUUUUAAGAAGAGUUGCCGCGAACUAGCAGAAGUCGUUCUGUGAAUCUCACUGUGCUGCUUCUCACUGUACAUGCUGCAUGUACCAAACACAACUGUAGGACUUUGUUUUUGUUCAAUCUGAAGCCGAAAACUUUUGUACUGUUCUCAAGAGCUUUGGAGUACUUUGUCUUUUAAUUUUCAAUAAAUCUUUCUUUGAUUCAGGGCAA